AAGCGAGUCCGUUUCUAGCAUCCCUGUAGAUAUGCGUCCAUUACCGAAAGAACCUGACGUUGAUGACCGAAAGAAAAAAAAUAGUAGAAGUAAAAUGAAAACAAAGGAUAAUAAAGACAAGCCUAAUAUCAGCUACCCUACUAAUUUUGAACACACAGUACACGUGGGAUUUGAUGCUGUUACUGGAGAAUUUACACUGCCUCUGAAAGGUAUGCCUGAAGCAUGGGCAAGAUUGCUAAUGUCUAGUAAUAUUAGCAAACAAGAACAGAAGAAAAAUCCUCAAGCUGUUUUAGAUGUCUUAAAUUGGUAUGACAAUAGUAGUAAGGAAGUAAAAGGAUCUAAAUUCAUGACUACAAUAAAAACAUAUGGAGCUUUAGAUUCAUGUAAUGGAGGAACGUUUCAAACGACACUAGAAAGAGCUCAAAGUCCUCGCAAUUUAACUGGAGUAACAUUUCAUUCAACAAACAUACGUAAUCAAAUAACAUCGCAAACUUCUGGAAGCUUACACUCCCAGCACUCGUCCAGCAGAUUAAGCAGCAGCAGUCCGAGUAGUACACCAACAGAUGCUUGCGCAACUAGUUCUGAACAAGAAGAUGAUUCUCCACCACCUCCACCAGUUUCUGAAAGACCUGAACGUACAAAAUCAAUAACGAUUCUGUGCUUAAGUGAUGACUUAUUGGAAGCCAGGUUGAGUACAUCUAGUGUCCUAGAAAGUUCCUCGCUAGGCUCCAUCCACUUAUUGAUUCUCACAAACGUGAUCAACUUCUCUGAGCAGAACUAUUCUAUUUCUAAAUGGUGA